GCUGAUCUAGUGACUAUCAAGUGUUGCGUAAAAAAAAUCCCAUAUUGCAUGCUUCUCACGUGACCAGUCAAGAUACUAAUGCCCAAUAAAACCUUCAAGUUCAAGAAUUUACACUUUUUUUUGGACAUCUUGUUGCAGAGAUUUAGGAACUAGGAACAGCAUGAAACUACUUGCGACCUUGCUCUCAGCAGUGGUUCUCACGUCAGCUGUCACUCCAAACCUGAGACUCCAUACAAACAACAAUGUUGGCGCUGACUUCUGCAAGAUGUGCAUUAACUUCUCUGGAGAAGCCAUCAACGAGCUUUUGAAUAUUAUUCUAAAUAUGGGAGUUGUCGGAACCUGUGCCGAUAUCUGUGGUCUUGUAGAGCAGAAGACAGGAAGUGAAGUGCUUGGCGCCGUCUGCAAUAUACUUUGCGAUAUCGCAGGGGUUGAAGAGUUCGUAAAAUUGGUGGAAAAGGCUGACCUUGACCCCAUCUACCUGUGUGAACUGCUCAAAACCUGCCCAGUAUUUGAUGGAGGUGAUGCCACACUCACCCAGUUUGCUGUGAACCCAAGUAGCGGACCACAAGGCAAGAAGACACUGAACUUCAACUUCGUCUCUAAGAACGGGACCGGUACUGGAGAGAUCUAUUUAUUUAUCAACACAGUUGACAAGAUCCCAGUGGAGGGAUCCUUCUUGCAGGAGCCCCUGAAACCUGGACAGUACAACAUGGCUAUCGAUCUGGACGCCGAGCCUGACCCUGAUUGUGACCCAACCCAGGACUUCUGUGAGGAGUGGCUAGCUGGUGAUUACGUGGCUACUCUACAGCUAUGUAAUGGUGAGUGCGGCAGUAAGCAUCCCCACAGCAGGAUCUACGAUACCAAGAAUACCACAUUCACUAUCACCAAUUAAAUGACCAUAUUUUGUUACCGUUUAAACACAA